GGCUAUAUUUAGUAACGAACUGGAUUUCCUUGUUACAAAAAUAGAUUAGGCCGACGGAUACAACAAAAUAUACAUUUAUGUUUCUUGUAAAUAAAUGAAGGAAUUUGCGGAAAGUGUGGAUAAAAUUGUAUGUUAUUGGUUAACUUAUCAUUCACACGGGUUAGGUGACUUCAGAAACAAUGGACCAAGGAGUUUGUUAUAUAUACGGAGCUGCCGCCUUCCCAAGGUACAGGUUUUUCCAGCAACAUCUAAAGCGACUGGUUGACAGAUGGCAAACAAUCCUAGAUGCCGGUGGUCUACCAGACUGCAUCUCACAGGGUAGAAUAAAACUGAAGGAGAUCCUAUCAUUAGCAAAUCAGGUUGAUGCCAAUGUUGCCGUCAAUGUGUUUGCUGAUAGUGAAUUCUUGGAGACGGGCAUCUCGGAAGAUCCACUGCAAUGUAACCAAACAAUAACCGGUAUCUACAAGAUAUUAACUUGGGAUGAUUUUACUCAGUCGGCCAGGAACGCUAACGAGCCUACGGUUACGGUGGUUGUCCUGAGGUCACGAGAGGAGAAUGAAGUUAAAGGUGUGAAGGAAAGGAUUUCUAAGUUACCAAAAGAGGAACUUGGCAAUUUCAUUAUUUACUUUGCUGAUACCAAGACGAGUGUCCUAUUCGCUGAGAUUUCCAAUGCCGACUUCCAGCAACAAGAUGCAGAUCAGACUAAAAGCAAAGCUGAAGCGCUUUCCAUACCUCUGAACCAACAAAUACAAUAUUUGUUUGAAGAGAAAGCCAUCUCCGUAUUGGAUCGGAUAGCACAAUAUAACAAGGUGUUUAUUCCAAAGAAACAAGAUGAUUCCAUUGAAUCGUUUGAGGAUGCUGUUUAUAUCAAACUGCUGACAAGUCUACGUAAUAGUUUUGUGGUGAAAGACCUUUCUCCGGAAGGAAAUGAUAAAGUUGACGAAGCUGCGAGGAAACCAACAGACCAAGAAUUAUCGAAGAUUGCUGCAGCCAUGGGUAGUAACUGGGAUAUGGUAGGACCGUCCCUAGGAAUAACGCAAGCAAAUAUUGAUGAAAUAAAACAAUUGCACGAAGGCCAAACGGCACAGAUCUACAGCAUGCUCUCGGCGUGGCGGCAGAAAGAUGGAUCAACGUUGAAAUAUCUACUGCAACUCAUGGAAAAUGUUUCCUCGGUCAUCACAGUUGAUAUGACUGUUAUCAAAGAGAUAGAAGAAGCAGCGCCAGCUCCAAAAACAGACUCUGAGAAAGAUGAAAUAUUUCACAAGAAACUUCUAGACUUCGUGGCUAAGAAAACUAAAUGUGUGGCAUGCGACAAACUUUCCCUUAAAUACGGAAUUUCAGCAAAUCUGAUCAACGAAUUCCUCAACGAUGGUUUCUAUGGUUACGAGAAGAAGGUGGAAGAGAUUAUGGCGGCUAUGAGCCUUCCCUGCUGGCCGCGGGACAAGUCAGAUAAUGGGGUAUCUACAUGUAGACUGUUCUCGUACCGGUGUGCUGUGAACAUGAACAAGAUGACUCGUGAGACCGAAGACUACAUUAAAGUCAAACAUCGUGUUCUUGUUGCACUAAAGAGGUUACAAUUUCAGUUGUUAGGACUUCUGGAAGAGACCAACAUCCCACUUGAUACCAAAAUACCGGAAAUCCCGAAGUUGCCGCUUGAAUUACAACAUGCUAUUCUUGAAAUGCCCGAUGUGUAUGGAUGUGGAACUGUCUGGGGAGAGCUUCUGAUCCACGUAACAAAAGCGAUACCUCCUAUCAAAAGAGAUGAAGCUAGGAACCUGCUAUCGAAAUACAUGUACAUGUACGGAUAUACUACAGAAGUGAUUGAAUCGGAAUCUGAAGAUGCCGGUGGCUUUACUGCCAUUGAACAUGGCAGUGGGAUUCGAGCCAAAAGGUUAAAUGCGGAAAAUGCCGAUGAGGACCAUAAAUACAAGUACGGCAGUCUCGGCUGCUUUGUCCGUGUGAAGCCAAAGUCAGAGGAGGCAACUAAUGCUGUAACAACUAACUUCAGGUUGCACGGACUCACAUGUGCUCAUUGUGUGAGAGAAUGUGAUGCGAGAGUUGAAAUAAAACACGGAGAACAGUAUGUUGAACUUGGUCAAAAACAACACGAUAUUUAUGAACCGCAUUCGUUUGAUGUGGCGACUGUAGAAAUCGAUCAAACUAAAGCUAAUAAGUGCGACACGUCAUUGAAAAAUGGGAACCGAGCUUGGAUUAAAAAAUGGAAUUUCCACGAAAAACCUCCUGUGAGAACACCGGUGUACAAAUACGGCAGUGCGACUGGUUUAACACUUGGUACAUGUAUCUCGAAUAACUACCAGACGAAGGAAAUGAUGAAAAACUGGAACGAAAAACUGAAGAAUAAAAAUGAACCCUUUGAUCCAGAUUACAACAUAUUAAUUAGCCGUGAGGAUAUUCAGGAAAAUCUUCAGAUAUCAGGAAUAGCAGUCGAGCCGGAAGCCAGACCGACUGAAGAUCAGGAAGUAAUGGAGUGUGAUAAUAGAGUAACUCUGUUUUCACAAUCCGGUGACAGUGGAUCAGUGGUUUGCAUGGACGAUCCAAAAAAUGACGAAAGAAUUCAAGUUUUAUCAUUGCUGAUGGGCUCAGUGAAACAAGGAGAUGGGGACACAUACACCUACUCUAGCCAUAUACACAAAACUGUGCAAGAACUGCAAAAGCGGUAUAACCGUAUAAUUGAACCAGCAUGUGAAGUCAUUGGUGCUGGAGCAGAUUGAUUACUUUCCAUGUUAAAGAUUUUCGCACCGCAGGAACGGCAUAAAACAAUACGAAGACUUCGGAUGUGUGUAUAUAUAUAUAUAUACAUAUAUUCAAUUAUUAUAUUUUGGCUGAAAACCGCCAUGUGUGGAAAACAGUGUGACUUCAAAAGAUGUGGAAGAAUUGAAUACAGUAGAGUGACCAAGUUGAUUAUGUUGGACUAAGAAAUGCUGAAAAGUUCUCUUAAACAAAGAUUUUCCAAGUAAAUGUUCAGUGAUAGGGACUUGAAAGUACUUUAUAUUGUUAAUUGUACAUAUUAUAGUGGUAUCCUGUAGAAAAAUGUGUUAUGUAUAGAAGACUUUGUACUGUCAUUAAGAUGUGUCCUGUCAUCCGCUCGCGAAAUGAAAAUAAAUUCAAACGAUUU